AAACAGUCCCUUUCCUUUUCCGGGACUUUCACCUGCGAAGCUCUCUGUCCAUCUCACACCUCACCAUCCUCACCAUUCUCUCUCUCCCCCUCCCUACCCCUGUUGGCGUACCAUUUUCUAGGGUUUCUCAUCUCGCUCACGGAGAUCAAAGAUCCCAGCCCGCCAGCCGAUCUCUUCUAAACCCUAACCAAACCGAUCGAAAUAGCUUCGAUUCCCCACCCUCCAAUUCCCAGGUCGACCAAGCAAUGGACGCCGAUUCGUGGAGCGCUCGUCUCUCCUCUGCCUCUAAGCGUUACCAAUCCGCUCUCCAAUCGCGAUCUGGUUACAUGUUCCUGGGGUUUGAAGAGAUUGACGGAGACGAAGAUAUAAGAGAGGAGUAUCCCUGCCCAUUCUGUUCAGAGUACUUCGAUAUUGUUGGGUUGUGUUGUCAUAUUGAUGACGAGCAUCCUGUAGAGGCGAAGAAUGGGGUGUGCCCAGUUUGUGCAAUGAGGGUUGGUGUGGACAUGGUUGCACAUAUAACCUUGCAACAUGGAAAUAUUUUUAAGAUGCAACGCAAGAGGAAAUCCCGUAAAGGUGGAUCCCAUUCAACGCUUUCUUUGUUGAGAAGGGAACUACGAGAAGGAAAUCUGCAGUCCCUUUUUGGAGGGUCAUCCUUUAUAGUUUCUUCAAACAAUGCAGCGCCAGAUCCAUUGUUGUCAUCAUUCAUCUUGCCAAUGGCUGAUGAUUUUGGGAGUGUUCAGCUGCAUUCUUCAGAAACAGCUUCAGUCAAGAAAAGCACAAAUGAGAAUGUGCCAGAAAGGACUGUCCAAUCUGCUCCUUUAUCAGUCAAGGAUAAGAAGGAGAAGGCAAGCAGAUCCGAGUUCGUUCAAGGGCUGCUGCUGUCCACCAUUCUUGAUGGCAUUUCAUAAGGUUGCUGCUAUGGUUGUGGGUUUCCAAAUUUACAGCCAAGAGCUGAGUGGGCAGUGCUUGUUUGUAGCCAGUAUGUUAAAUGUAUUAAGCAAGUGAAGGAAUAAGUUGUAGUAAUAAGUUGUAAUUAUGUUGCCUAUGUGGAAUUGGGUAGAGUUAGGCGGAAACCAACUCAUGUAUUUUGUUCCAUUCUAAGUUCAUGCCUUAUUAAGAGAAAGAUGAAAAACGUAUCUCCCUUCAAUGCUAUAAUGCUGCGCAUUUAUUCCAUUA